UGGACCUCUGACCACCCCCCGGGACCUCUGACCACCCCCCGGGACCCCCCCGAUCGCUCCCGGGACCCUCCGACCCCCAUUCGGGACCCCCCAAACCGCACUCGGGGCCCCCCAAACCUCACCCCGGGCAGCCCAAAACUCCCCCGGGACCCCCCGAAUCGCCCGCGGGUCCCCCCGAGGGUGCCGAGGCUGCGGCGAUGGCUGAGGGGGGAAGGCGAGGACGAUGUGCAGUUCCUGCGCACGGAUGACGAGGUGGUCCUGCAGUGCACCACGACGCUGCUGAAGGAGCAGCUCAAGCUCUGCCUGUCGGUGGAGGGCUUCGGGAACCGCCUCUGCUCCCUGGAGCCCACCUCCAACGCCCAGAAUGUCCCCCCCGACCUGGCCGUGUGCUGCUUCGUGCUGGAGCAGUCGCUGUCGGUGCGGGCGCUGCAGGAGAUGCUCGCCAACAGCUCCGACAUGGGCGGCGAGGGGGUCGAUCUGGAUAAGUGGUCCUCUCAGGGUGGGGGUCACCGGACGCUGCUCUACGGCCACGCCAUCCUGCUGAGACACUCGCACAGCGGCAUGUACCUGAGCUGCCUGACCACCUCCCGCUCGGUCACCGACAAACUGGCCUUCGACGUGGGGCUGCAGAAGGACGCUGCAGGCGAGGCGUGCUGGUGGACGAUGCACCCGGCGUCCAAGCAGCGCUCGGAGGGAGAGAAGGUUCGGGUGGGCGACGACCUGAUCCUGGUCAGCGUCUCGUCCGAGAGAUACCUGCACCUCUCCACGGCCUCUGGGGAGCUCCAGGUCGACGCCUCCUUCAUGCAGACCCUGUGGAACAUGAACCCCAUCUGCUCUGGCUCCGAGGAAGGUUACGUCACCGGCGGCCACGUCAUGCGCCUGUUCCACGGCCACAUGGACGAGUGCCUGACCCCCACGGCCCCCGAGCAGGGCGAGGAGCGCAGCAGCGUUGUCAACUACGAGGGCGGAGCCGUGUGCACCCACGCCAGGUCCCUGUGGCGCCUCGAGCCCCUGCGCAUCAGCUGGAGCGGGAGCCACCUGCGCUGGGGACAGCCCUUCCGCCUGCGCCACGUCACCACGGGCCGCUACCUGGCGCUGACCGAGGCCGCCGGGCUGGCCAUGGUGGAGGCGUCCGCGGCCAACACGCGCGUGGCCACCUUCUGCUUCCGGGCCUCCAAGGAGAAGCUGGAGACGACCCCCAAAAGGGACAUCGAGGGCAUGGGCCCCCCCGAGAUCAAGUACGGGGAGUCCCUUUGCUUCCUGCAGCACGGGAACAGCGGGCUCUGGGUCACCUACGCCGCCCCCGACCCCAAGGCCCAGCGCCUCGGGUUGCUCAAGAGGAAGGCCAUCCUGCACCAGGAGGGGCACAUGGACGACGCGCUGACCCUGACCCGCUCCCAGCGCCAGGAGUCGCAGGCAGCUCGGAUGGUCUUCAGCACCACGGGGCUCUACGGGACCUUCAUCAGGAGCCUGGACAGCCUGCAGGGCCGCCCGCGGGGGUCGCCGCCCCCCGCCCUGCCCAUCGCCGCCGUCAUCCUGAGCCUGCGGGACCUGAUCGGGUACUUCGAGCCGCCGCCGCCCGAGCUGCGCCACGAGCAGCGCCAGGGCCGCCUGCGCGCCCUGCGGGCCCGCCAGAGCCUCUUCCAGCAGGAGGGGAUGCUGACGCUGGUGCUGAGCUGCAUCGACCGGCUGAGCGCCUACAGCACCGCGGCGCAGUUCGGGGAGGCCGCGGGGGAGGAGGCGGCGGCCGCCUGGAAGGAGAUCGUCAACCUGCUCUACGAGCUGCUGGCCUCGCUGAUCCGAGGGAACCGAGCCAACUGCGCCCUGUUCUCCACCAACCUGGACUGGCUGGUCAGCAAACUGGACAGGCUGGAGGCCUCCUCGGGCAUCCUGGAGGUGCUGUACUGCGUCCUGAUCGAGAGCCCCGAGGUGCUGAACAUCAUCCAGGAGAACCACAUCAAGUCCAUCAUCUCCCUGCUGGACAAGCACGGCCGCAACCACAAGGUGCUGGACGUGCUGUGCUCGCUGUGCGUGUGCAACGCCGUGGCCGUGCGCUCCAACCAGAACCUCAUCACCGAGAACCUGCUGCCGCGCCGCGACCUCCUGCUGCAGACCGGCAUGAUCAACUACGUCACCAGCGUGCGCCCCAACCUGUUUGUGGGGACGGCGCCGGGCUCGACGCAGUUCCGCUGCUGGUACUUCGAGGUGGCCGUGGAGCGGGUGCAGCCCUUCGUGACCCCCGUGCCCACCCACCUGAGGGUGGGCUGGGGGGCGGCCGGGGGCUUCCGGCCCGCCCCGGGCGGGGGCGCGGGCUGGGGGGGCAACGGCGCCGGCGACGACCUCAACUCCUUCGCCUUCGACGGCCUCCACCUGUGGACAGGGGGUGUCCCCAAGGCCGUGGGGUCCCCGCAGCGCCGGGCGCUGGCCGAGGGGGACGUGGUCAGCUGCUGCCUGGACCUGGGGGUCCCCAGCGCCUCCUUCCGCCUCAACGGGGCCCCCGUGCAGGGCGUCCUCGAGGGCUUCAACCUGGACACCCUCUUCACCCCCGUGGCCAGCUUCUCGGCGGGGGUCCGGCUGCGGUUCCUGCUGGGGGGCCGGCACGGGGAGUUCCGGUGGCCCCCGCCCGGGUACGCGCCCUGCGCCGAGGCGCUGCUGCCCCGCGAGCGGCUGCGCCUGGAGCCCCUCACGGCGUACCGGGGCUCGGCCCCGCCCGGCGCCCGCAGCCUCCUGGGGCCCACCCGCGCCCUGCCCCACACCGCCUUCACCCCCUGCCCCGUGGACACCUGCCAGAUCGUGCUGCCCCCACACCUGGAGCGCAUCCGGGAGAAGCUGGCGGAGAACAUCCACGAGCUCUGGGCCCUGACCCGCAUUGAGCAGGGCUGAACCUACGGGCCUGUGCGGGAUGACGUGCAGCGCCUGCACCCCUGUCUGCUGAGCUUCCACAGCCUCCCCGAGCCCGAGCGCGGCUACAACCUCCAGAUGUCGGGGGAGACCCUCAAGACGCUGCUGGCCCUGGGCUGCCACGUGGGGAUGGCGGACGAGAAGGCCGAGGAGAACCUCAAGAAGAUCAAACUGCCCAAAACGUACACGAUGUCCAACGGGUACAAGCCGGCGCCGCUGGACCUGUCGCACGUGCGGCUCACGCCGGCCCAGCUGACCCUGGUCGAUCGCCUGGCCGAGAACGGCCACAACGUGUGGGCUCGGGACAGGGUCCAGCAGGGCUGGACCUACAGCACCACCCAGGACAUCAAGAACAAGCGGAACCCGCGGCUGGUCCCCUACAACCUGCUGGACGAGGGGACAAAGGCCACCAACCGCGAGAGCCUCUGCCAGGCCGUGCGGACCCUGCUGGGCUACGGCUACAACAUCGAGCCCCCCGACCAGGAGACGCCCUCGCAGGGCGUCCCCCCGGGGGGUCCCCGCGCCCCCCGGCCGCGGCUGUUCCGGGCGGAGCGGGGCUCGGCCGUGCGCAGCGGGAAGUGGUACUUCGAGUUCGAGGCCGUGACCCCCGGCGAGAUGCGCGUGGGCUGGGCCCGGCCCGGGCUGCGCCCCGACACCGAGCUGGGCGCCGACGACAUGGCCUUCGUGUUCAACGGGCACCGGGCCCAGCGGUGGCACGUGGGGGGCGAGUCCUUCGGGCGGCCCUGGCAGGCGGGGGACGUGGUGGGCUGCCUCAUCGACCUGGGCGAGUGCCACAUGAGCUUCACCCUCAACGGGGAGGUGCUGAUCGGCGACGGCGGCUCCGAGGUGGCCUUCAGGGACUUCGAGGUGGCCGACGGCUUUGUCCCCGUGUGCAGCCUGGGUUUGGGACAGGAGGGGCACCUGAACCUGGGCCAGGACGUGGGCACCCUGCGCUACUUCGGCAUCUGCGGCCUGCAGGAGGGCUACGAGCCCUUCGCCAUCAACAUGAAGCGCCCCAUCGCCCUCUGGUUCAGCCACAGCCUGCCCCAGUUCGUCCCAGUGCCCCCCCAGCACCCCCAGCUCGAGGUGACGCGCCUGGACGGCACCGUGGACGCGCCGCCGUGCCUGCGCCUGGCGCACCGCAGCCCCGGCACCCCCGCCGCGCCCCCCGAGCUGCUGUUCCUGCGCCUCAGCCUCCCGGUGCAGUUCCACCCCACGUUCCGCUGCACCCCCGGCGCCACCCCCCCUGCCCCGGCGCCCCCCCCGGAGCCCCCCGAGGACGUGGCGGCCGAGCCCCUGUCCGAGUUCGAGCGGCUGCGGCGCUCGGCCGGGGCCCGCAGCGCCGAGGGCGACGAGGGCGCCGAGAAGGGGCCCGGGGGGGCCCCCCCGGCAGCGGCCCCGCGGGAGCAGCCCCGCGGCGAGAACGAGAAGGACGCGACCACCGAGAAGAGCAAGACGAGGAGGGGGUUCCUGUUCAAGGGCCGAAACGCCGUUCACCGCCCCCCCCCCGCGCCCCCUCCCGUGCCCCGGCUGGAGGAGGACGUGGUGCCCGACGAGCGCGACGACCCCGAGGUCAUCAUGAACACCACCACGUACUACUACUCGGUGCGGCUGUUCGCGGGCCAGGAGCCGGGCAGCGCCUGGGUGGGCUGGGUCACCCCCCACUUCCACCAGCACGACCCCGACUUCGAGCUGGCGCGGGUGCGCAGCGUCACCGUCACCAUGGGCGACGACCGCGGCAACGUGCACGACAGCAUCAAGCGCAGCAACUGCUACAUGGUGUGGGGGGGGGAGUUUGCGGCCCCCGCGCAGCAGGCCAGGGUGUCCCACACCGACCUGGUCAUCGGCUGCCUGGUGGACCUGGCCACGGGGCUCAUGACCUUCACUGCCAACGGCAAGGAGAUCAACACCUUCUUCCAGGUGGAGCCCAACACCAAGCUGUUCCCGGCGGUGUUCGUGCUGCCCACCACCCAAAACGUGCUCCAGUUCGAGCUGGGCAAGCUCAAGAACAUCAUGCCCAUCUCGGCGGCCAUGUUCAGCAGCGAGCGGCAGAACCCGGCCCCGCAGUGCCCGCCCCGGCUGGUCAUCCAGCACCUGAGCCCGGUCACCUGGAGCCGCAUGCCCACCGAGUACCUGGCCGUGGAGAGCGCCCGGCUGGGCGAGCGCCAGGGCUGGGCCGUGGAGUGCUCCGAGCCGCUGCAGAUGAUGGCCCUGCACAUCCCUGAGGAGGACAGGUGCAUCGACAUCCUGGAGCUGUGGGAGCGGGAGGAGCUGCUGCAGUUCCAGUGCCACACGCUGCGGCUCUACUGCGCCGUGUGCGCGCUGGGCAACAACCGCGUGGCACACGCGCUCUGCAGCCACGUGGACCAGGCCCAGCUGCUCUUCGCCAUCGACAGCCCCGAGCUGCCGGGACCCCUGCGGGCCGGCUACUACGACCUGCUGCUGGCCAUGCACCUGGACGCGGCGCAGCGCGCCCGCUCCUCCAUGAGCGCCGAGUUCAUCGUGCCCAUCACCGAGGCCACGCGCGCCAUCGCGCUCUUCCCCGGCGGCGGCCGCUGCCCGGGCCCGCCCGGCGUGGGGCCCAGCGCCUGCCUGCGGCCGCAGCCGCACUUCUCGGAGCCCUGCUUCAUCCGGGCGGCCGGCGGCGGCGGCCGGGCCCCGCUCAGCCCCGCCAUCCCGCUGGACGAGCUGGGCGCCAAGGCCAUGCGCAUGCUGGCCGAGGCCGUGGCCGGGGGCGGCCCCCACGCCCGCGACCCCGUGGGGGGCAGCGUGGAGUUCCAGCUGGUGCCCGUGCUCAAGCUGGUGUCGGCGCUGCUGGCCGUGGGCGCGCUGGGCGACGCCGACGUGCGCCGCGUGCUCCGCAUGAUCGAGCCCCGCGUCUUCGGGGACGCGCAGCUGCAGGAGGAGGAGGAGGAUGAGGAGGAGGCCAGGAGGUCGAAGGCCAUCGAGGCCGGGGAGGUGCAGGAGGAGGAGGAGGAGGAGGAGGAGGAAGAGCUGGAGGAGGGGCUGCUGCAGAUGAAGCUGCCGGAGUCGGUCAAGCUGCAGAUGUGCCACCUGCUGCAGCACCUGUGCGAGCGGGAGCUGCAGCACCGCGUCGAGGCCAUCGUGGCCUUCUCGGAGCGCCACGUGGAGCGGCUGCAGCGCGACCAGCGGCGCCGCUACGGCCACCUCAUGCGGGCAAUGACCAUGUCGGCCGCAGAGACCGCCCGGCGCACCCGCGAGUUCCGCUCGCCCCCGCAGGAGCAGAUCAACAUGCUGCUGCAGUACAAGGGAGGGGCUGAGGACGAGGAGUGUCCAGUGCCUGGGGACAUCCGGGACGAGCUGCUGGACUUCCACAAUGACCUGCUGGCCCACUGCGGCAUCGAGCUGAGCGAGGAGGAGGAGGAGGAGGAGGAGGAGACGUCGCUGCGGCAGCGGCUGAUGGGGCUGGUGCAGAAGGUGGUGGGGGUCCGGGGCUCCGCCAAGGAGGAGGAGACCCCCCCCGAGGAGCCGCCGGUGCCCAGCACGCUGCAGGAGCUGAUCUCGCAGACCAUGGUGCACUGGGCGCAGGAGUCGUUCAUCCAGAGCCCGGCGCUGGUGCGGGCCAUGUUCAGCCUCCUGCACGGCCAGUACGACGCGCUGGGCGAGCUGGGCCGGGCGCUGCCCAAGGCCUACGCCAUCAGCGCCACCUCGGUGCCCGACACCACGGCCCUGCUCGAGUGCCUGGGCCAGAUCCGCUCACUGCUCAUCGUGCAGAUGGGCCCCGAGGAGGAGAACCUCAUGAUCCAGAGCAUCGGGAACAUCAUGAACAACAAGGUGUUCUACCAGCACCCCAACCUGAUGCGGGCGCUGGGCAUGCACGAGACGGUGAUGCAGGUGAUGGUCAGCGUGCUGGGCGGCGGCGAGUCCAAGGAGAUCCGGUUCCCCAAGAUGGUGACCAACUGCUGCCGCUUCCUCUGCUACUUCUGCCGCAUCAGCCGCCAGAACCAGCGCUCCAUGUUCGACCACCUGGGCUACCUGCUGGAGAACAGCGGCAUCGGGCUGGGCAUGCAGGGCUCCACCCCCCUGGACGUGGCGGCCGCGUCCGUCAUCGACAACAACGAGCUGGCGCUGGCCCUCAAGGAGCAGGACCUGGAGAAGGUGGUGACGUACCUGGCGAGCUGUGGGCUGCAGAGCUGCCCGAUGCUGCUGGCCAAGGGCUACCCCGACAUCGGCUGGAACCCCUGCGGGGGGGAGAAGUACCUCGACUUCCUGCGCUUCGCCGUCUUCGUCAACGGCGAGAGCGUGGAGGAGAACGCCAACGUGGUGGUGCGGCUGCUGAUCCGGCGGCCCGAGUGCUUCGGGCCGGCGCUGCGGGGCGAGGGGGGCAGCGGGCUCCUGGCCGCCAUCCAGGACGCCCUGAGCAUCGCCCAGGACCCGGCCAGGGACGGGCCCAGCGGCCGCAGGGAGAGGAGGCUGUUCGGCCCCGAGGAGCCCCCCGAGGAGAACCGGGUGCACCUGGGCCACGCCAUCAUGUCCUUCUACGCCGCGCUCAUCGACCUGCUGGGCCGCUGCGCCCCCGAGAUGCACCUGAUCCAGGCGGGGAAGGGCGAGGCCCUGCGGAUCCGGGCGAUCCUGCGCUCGCUCGUCCCGCUCGAGGACCUGGUGGGGAUCAUCAGCCUCCCCCUGCAGAUCCCGGCGCUGGGCAAAGACGGCAACGUGGUGGAGCCCCGCAUGGCCGCCAGCUUCGUCCCCGAGCACAAGGCGCCCAUGGUGCUGUUCCUGGACCGCGUUUAUGGGGUGCAGAGCCAGGAGUUCCUGCUCCACGUGCUGGAAGUGGGGUUCCUGCCCGACAUGCGCGCGGCCGCCUCCCUGGACACGGCGACGUUCAGCACGACGGAGAUGGCGCUGGCGCUGAACCGCUACCUGUGCCUGGCCGUGCUGCCGCUCAUCACCAAGUGCGCGCCGCUGUUCGCGGGCACCGAGCACCGCGCCAUCAUGGUGGACUCCAUGCUGCACACCAUCUACCGCCUGUCGCGCGGCCGCGCCCUCACCAAGGCCCAGCGCGACGCCAUCGAGGAGUGUCUGAUGGCCCUCUGCAGGUGCCACCCCAAAUCGGGCCCCAAAAUGGCCCCGUGCCCGCCAUGGGCUGCCCAGGCCAUGGCGGAGCAGUUGGCCGAGAACUACCACAACACCUGGGGCCGCAAGAAGAAGCUGGAGCUGGAGGCCAAGGGGGGGGGCUCGCACCCGCUGCUGGUGCCCUACGACACCCUGACGGCCAAGGAGAAGGCGCGGGACCGCGAGAAGGCCCAGGAGCUGCUCAAGUUCCUGCAGCUGCACGGAUAUGCCGUGACCCGGGGGCUCAAGGACAUGGAGCUGGACACGUCGUCCAUCGAGAAGCGCUUCGCCUUCGGCUUCCUGCAGCAGCUGCUGCGCUGGAUGGACAUCGCGCAGGAGUUCAUCGCCCACCUGGAGGCCGUGGUCAGCAGCGGGCGGGUGGAGAAAUCCCCCCACGAGCAGGAGAUCAAGUUCUUCGCCAAGAUCCUGCUGCCCCUCAUCAACCAGUACUUCCACAACCACUGCCUCUACUUCCUGUCCACGCCGGCGCAGGUGCUGGGCAGCGGCGGCCACGCCUCCAACAAGGAGAAGGAGAUGAUCACCAGCCUCUUCUGCAAACUGGCCGCGCUCGUCCGGCACCGCGUGUCGCUCUUCGGGACGGACGCCCCGGCCGUGGUGAACUGUCUGCUCAUCCUGGCCCGCUCCCUGGACGCCAGGACGGUGAUGAAGUCGGGCCCCGAGAUCGUCAAGGCCGGGCUGCGCUCGUUCUUCGAGUCGGCGGCCGAGGACAUGGAGAAGUUGGGGGAGCAGCUGCGGCUGGGCCGGGGGACCCCGACCCGCGCCCCCACCAAGGGCGUGGCCCAGAACGUCACCUACACCUCGGUGGCGCUGCUGCCCGUGCUCACCGCCCUCUUCGAGCACCUGGCACAGCACCAGUUCGGGGACGACGUCAUCCUGGACGAUGUGCAGGUGUCCUGUUACCGCAUCCUGUGCAGCAUCUACAGCCUGGGCACCGCCCGCGGGCCCCUCGUGGACAGGCAGCGCCCGGCGCUGGGGGAGUGCCUGGCCCGCCUGGCCGCCGCCAUGCCCGUGGCCUUCCUGGAGCCGCAGCUGAACCACCUGAACCCCAGCUCCGUGUACAGCACCAAGAGCGCCCGCGAGCGCGCGCUGCUGGGGCUCCCGUCGCGGGUGGAGGAGCUGUGCCCGGACCUGCCGGACCUGGAGCGGCUCAUGGGGGACAUCGGGGGCCUGGCGGACUCGGGGGCGCGCUACACGGAGAUGCCGCACGUCAUCGAGGUGACGCUGCCCAUGCUGUGCCACUACCUGCCCCGCUGGUGGGAGCGCGGCCCCGACGCCGCCCCGCAGGGCCCCUGGGCCACCGACGUCACCGGCCACCACCUCAACGCCCUCCUGGGCCACAUCCUGCGCAUCGUCGUCAACAACCUGGGCAUCGACGAGGCCUCCUGGAUGAAGAGGCUGGCGGUGUUCGCCCAGCCCAUCGUGAGCAAGGCGCGGCCGGAGCUGCUGCGCUCGCACUUCAUCCCCACGCUGGGGCGGCUGCGCAAGCGCGCGGGGAAGGUGGUGGCCGAGGAGGAGCAGCUGCGGCUCGAGGGGAAGGCCGAGGCCGAGGACGCCGAGCUCCUGAUCCGCGACGAGUUCUCGGUGCUCUGCCGCGACCUCUACGCGCUCUACCCGCUGCUCAUCCGCUACGUGGACAACAGCCGGGCCAAGUGGCUGACGGAGCCCAACGAGGACGCGGAGGAGCUUUUCCGCAUGGUGGGCGAGGUCUUCAUCUACUGGUCCAAGUCCCACAACUUCAAGCGUGAGGAGCAGAACUUCGUGGUGCAGAACGAGAUCAACAACAUGUCCUUCCUGACGGCCGACAGCAAGAGCAAGAUGGCCAAGGGCGGUGGCUCGGAGCAGGAGCGCUCCAAGAAGCGGCGCCGCGGGGACCGGUACUCGGUGCACACCUCGCUCAUCGUGGCCACGCUCAAGAAGAUGCUGCCCAUCGGCCUCAACAUGUGCUCGCCCGCUGACCAGGAGCUCAUCGCGCUGGCCAAGGGCCGCUACGCCCUGAAGGACACGGACGAGGAGGUUCGGGAGUUCCUGCACAACAACCUGCACCUGCAGGACAAGGUGGAGAACACGGGCUCGGCGCGCUGGCAGAUGGCCCUGGUGCGCCAGGCCGGGCGGGACGAGGACCCCGACAGCCCCGAGCAGGUCGUGCGCAGGGUGCAGGAGGUGUCGGCCGUGCUCUACCACCUGGAGCAGACGGAGCACCCCUACAAGUCCAAGAAGGCCGUGUGGCACAAGCUCCUGUCCAAGCAGCGCCGCCGCGCCGUGGUCGCCUGCUUCCGCAUGACCCCCCUGUACAACCUGCCCAGGCACCGCGCCUGUAACAUGUUCCUGGAGUCCUACCGGCUCUCGUGGCUGGGCCGGGAGCAGCCGCCCUUCGAGGACCGGAUGAUCGACGACCUCUCGAAAUCGGGGCGGGAGGAGGAGGAGGAGGAGGAAGAGGCGGAGGCGCGGCCGGACCCCCUGCACCAGCUGAUCCUGCACUUCAGCCGCACCGCCCUCACCGAGCAGAGCCACCUGGAGCAGGAUCACCUGUACAUGGCCUACGCCGGGAUCAUGGCCAAGAGCUGCCACACAGAGGACGGGGAAGAGGAAGGGAAGGAGGAAGAGGAGAAGGAAGAGGAAGAAGCCGAGGACUCGUUCGAGGAGAAGGAGAUGGAGAAGCAGAAGCUGCUGUCGCAGCAGGCGCGGCUGCACACGCGGGGGGCGGCCGAGAUGGUGCUGCAGAUGAUCAGCGCCUGCAAGGGUGAGCGGGGGGCCAUGGUCUCCUCCACCCUCAAGUUGGGCAUCUCCAUCCUCAACGGGGGCAACGCCGACGUGCAGCAGAAGAUGCUGGAGUACCUCAAAUCCAAGCGCGAGGUCGGCUUCUUCCAGAGCGUCCAGGCCCUGAUGCAAACCUGCAGCGUGCUGGACCUGAACGCCUUCGAGCGGCAGAACAAGGCCGAGGGGCUGGGCAUGGUCACCGAGGAGGGGACGAGGGAGAAGGUGAUGUCGGACGAUGAAUUCACCCAGGACCUGUUCCGGCUGCUGCAGCUGCUCUGCGAGGGCCACAACAACGACUUCCAGAACUACCUGCGGACACAGACGGGGAACACGACCACCAUCAACAUCAUCAUCUGCACCGUGGAUUACCUGCUGCGCCUGCAGGAGUCCAUCAGUGACUUCUACUGGUACUACUCGGGCAAGGACGUCAUCGACGAGCAGGGCAAGAGGAACUUCUCCAAGGCCAUGGCCGUGGCCAAGCAGGUGUUCAACAGCCUCACCGAGUACAUCCAGGGUCCUUGUACUGGGAACCAGCAGAGCCUGGCCCACAGCCGCCUCUGGGACGCCGUCGUCGGCUUCCUGCAUGUCUUCGCACACAUGAUGAAGAAGCUGGCUCAGGACUCGUCCCAGCUGGGGCUGCUGAAGGAGCUGCUGGACCUGCAGAAGGACAUGGUGGUGAUGCUGCUGUCCCUGCUCGAAGGGAACGUGGUGAACGGGACGAUUGCGCGGCAGAUGGUGGACAUGCUGGUGGAGUCCUCCAGCAACGUCACCAUGAUCCUCAAGUUCUUCGACAUGUUCCUGAAGCUGCGUGACAUCGUCUCGUCCGACGCCUUCCGGCACUUCGUCACCGACCCGCGCGGGCUCAUCUCCAAGAAGGACUUCCAGAAGGCCAUGGACAGCCAGAAGCAGUACGAGCCCGACGAGAUCCAGUUCCUGCUGUCGUGCUCCGAGGCCGACGAGAACGAGAUGAUCGACGUGGAGAGCUUCGCCCAGCGCUUCCAGGAGCCCGCGCGCGACAUCGGCUUCAACGUGGCCGUGCUGCUGACCAACCUGUCCGAGCACGUCCCGCACGACCAGCGCCUCAAGACCUUCCUGGAGCAGGCCGAGAGCAUCCUGGACUACUUCCGCCCGUUCCUGGGCCGCAUCGAGAUCAUGGGCGCGGCGCGGCGCAUCGAGCGCAUCUACUUCGAGAUCAGCGGCGCCAACAAGGCGCAGUGGGAGAUGCCGCAGGUCAAGGAGUCCAAGCGCCAGUUCAUCUUCGACGUGGUCAACGAGGGCGGCGAGGCCGAGAAGAUGGAGCUCUUCGUCAACUUCUGUGAGGACACCAUCUUCGAGAUGCAGAUCGCCUCGCGCAUCUCCGAGGAGGAGGCGCCGCGCGACGAGGAGGAGGACGAGGACGAGGACAGGGAGGAAGAGGAGCCGGCCAGCGUGGAGGCGCCGGCACCGGCGCUGCCGGGCCUGGGGCUGCUGCGGCGGCUGCUGGGGUCUCCCCAGACGUGGCGCCGCAGGAUCAGGAGGCUGCGGAAGAAGUCGGGGCGGGAGCUGGCGUGGGAGGCGGGGGCAGGCGUGGGGCGCGUGGCCCUGGGGGGCGUGCUGGGGGGGCUGGGGGUGCUGGGGGCCGUGGGGCGCCUGGCCUGGAGCUCCCUGUUCGGGGGUGGCCUGGUGGAGGGGGCGCAGCGCCUGGGGGUCAUCGAGGUGCUGGGCUCCAUGCCCGACCCCACCCAGGACGCCGUGGGCGGCGGCGAGGCCGGCGCGGGGGACGAGCGGGGACCCCCGGAGCCGGAGCAGCCCCCCGAGGCGCAGCUGGAGGCGCCCCCGGCCGAGGAGGAGGAGGAGGAGGAGGAGCGGUGGGAGGCGAAGCCGGCGCCGGCGGGGCCGGGGGCGCGCAAGGACCCCCAUUUCCGGCUGGCGGCCCCCGACGCCCCGGGGGGGCUCGGGGACAUCGGGGAGCCCCCCGGGGCUGAGCCCCCCACCCCCGAGGGGACCCCCAUCCUGCGCAGGAAGAUCGGGGAGGCGGUGGAGCAGGUGGGAGAGGGGCAGAAGGAGGAGGAGCCCCCGGCCGAGACCGAGAAAGCCGACACAGAGAAUGGGGAGAAGGCCGGGGGUCCCGAGGGGGCCGAGGAGGGGCUGGAGCCCAGGGCCCCCCCGAAGCGGCGCAAGUCGGUGCCCAGGGAGCGCCGGGAGCCCCCGGCCGAGGGGGGCUUCGACUUCUGGGGAGAGCUGGAGGUCCAGAGGGUCAAGUUCCUGAAUUACCUGUCACGGAACUUCUACAACCUGCGGUUCCUGGCGCUGUUCCUGGCCUUCGCCAUCAACUUCAUCCUCCUCUUCUACAAGGUGUCCGAGCACCCCCCGGGCGCCCUGGAGGAGCCCGAGGGCUCGGGGGCGGCCCCGGAGGAGGACGGGGGCGUCCCGGGGGGCGCCGAGGCCGCGGCGGGGCUCGCGGAGGAGCCUGAGGUUUAUUAUUUCCUGGAGGAGAGCACGGGCUACAUGGGCCCGGUGCUGCGGGGGCUGGCGCUGGCCCACACGCUGGUGGCCUUCCUCUGCAUCAUCGGCUACAACUGCCUCAAGAUCCCCCUGGUGAUCUUCAAGCGCGAGAAGGAGGUGGCGCGGCGCCUCGAGUUCUCGGGGCUCUACAUCACCGAGCAGCCCCCCGACGACGACGUCAAGGGCCAGUGGGACCGCCUGGUGCUCAACGCCCAAUCCUUCCCCAGCAACUACUGGGACAAGUUCAUCAAGAGGAAGGUGCUGGAGAAGUACGGGGACAUCUACGGGCGGGAGAGGAUCGCGGAGCUGCUGGGGAUGGACCUGGCCAGCGUGGAGAUCGGGGCGCAGGGGGAGCGCAGAACCCCCCCCGACAGCUCCCUGCUCACCUGGAUCACAUCCAUCGACAUCCGGUACCAGAUCUGGAAAUUUGGGGUGAUUUUCACCGAUAACUCGUUCCUGUACCUCACCUGGUACAUGGCCAUGUCGCUGCUGGGCCACUACAACAACUUCUUCUUCGCCUCCCACCUGCUGGACAUCGCCAUGGGCGUGAAGACGCUGCGCACCAUCCUGUCCUCCGUCACCCACAACGGCAAACAGCUGGUGAUGACCGUGGGGCUGCUGGCCGUGGUGGUCUACCUGUACACCGUGGUGGCCUUCAACUUCUUCCGCAAGUUCUACAACAAGAGCGAGGACGAGGACGAGCCCGACAUGAAGUGUGACGACAUGAUGACGUGUUACCUGUUCCACAUGUAUGUGGGGGUCCGGGCCGGGGGGGGCAUCGGGGACGAGAUCGAGGACCCUGCGGGGGACGAUUACGAGCUCUACCGCGUCGUCUUCGACAUCACCUUCUUCUUCUUCGUCAUCGUCAUCCUCCUCGCCAUCAUCCAGGGUCUGAUCAUCGACGCCUUCGGGGAACUGCGGGACCAGCAGGAGCAGGUGAAGGAGGACAUGGAGACUAAAUGUUUCAUCUGUGGCAUCGGGAGCGACUACUUCGACACGACGCCCCACGGCUUCGAGACCCACACGCUGGAGGAGCACAACCUGGCCAACUACAUGUUUUUCCUGAUGUAUUUGAUCAACAAGGACGAGACGGAGCACACAGGGCAGGAAUCUUACGUGUGGAAGAUGUACCAGGAGCGCUGCUGGGAUUUCUUCCCGGCCGGCGACUGCUUCCGCAAGCAAUACGAGGAUCAGCUGGGAUGACCCCCAGGAACCCCAAACGCCCUUCCCAAAACCCCCUUAAAGUGCCUUUUAUUCCCCCCCUCCCACCAAACGCUGCUGAGUGCCAUUGGCUCGUUACUGACCCCUCUGAAACACCCCCCGACUCCCCAGAAUUACCCCAGAUGCUCUUUAAGUGCCUUUCCUCUCCCCUCAAUAAACGCUGCCGAGUGUCGCUGC